GACAAACAUAAAGAAGAACAAGAAUUAUAGAAAGAAAAAGAAUUCUAUUAUUAAUACGGAAAUUUCACAUUUUUGCAACAAAAUUGAGAAAAAAAUUCAAGUGUUUUAAGCACUAAAUAAAGAUAAGGCCAUUUUUUAAAUUAAAUUAUUAAAAAGUAAUAAAAUAAAUUAAAUUAAACAUGCCUAUGCCCAGCAGUGCAUUUGGUCAACAAGGACCCUCGUGUUUUGAGAAAAUGAAAACUGGCUUUACCAUUGGUUUCUGUGUGGGCAUGGCCAGUGGUGCUCUAUUUGGUGGAUUUUCAGCUUUAAGAUACGGUUUAAGAGGCCGUGAAUUGAUCAACAAUGUGGGCAAAGUCAUGUUACAGGGUGGUGGCACUUUUGGCACCUUCAUGGCCAUUGGUACUGGUAUACGCUGUUAGUUUAGUGACCGUUGUAAUGUUCAAGGAUUAAAAAUUACAUUUGGUCGGAUUUCUAAUGCUUUUAAUAGCUAUUACUUGUUAAGUUUACUUAUUAAUUACAAAUUAUACUAAUAUUAUAAAUAUAUAAAAUUAAAAUAAAUGACAAAAAUCUAGAAACA